AGUAGCGACUCUGUUGCAUACGACCAUCACGAUUCGCAUGAGUCUCACACUACACUCGUCAUGAACUUUCUUGAUACUUUCGACAUUGCGGGCGCGCCCACGCCGCCUCCGGGCCAGCCAGAGACGAGCCUCAACGAGGAGGUGCAGCAGGUCGUCGGGCAGCUGUCCCGUUUCUGGGGCGGCUUCAGGAAGCAGAGCCAAGCAGUCAUCGACACUGCGCGUAAGGACAUCAGCGAGGCGGUCACCCAAGCUCAGAAAGAGCUGAGCAAGCUCGCUGAAGCACCCGCAGAAGCCGGUUCAUCGUCUGCAGAGCAGAGCACGGCAGAACCAUCCGCAGAGGAGGAAAGCAGCGAGAAGGACACGGAUGCAACACUGUCCGCAGGCACGCCCGACGACGACGACGACGAUGACACAACCACCCCACAGGCCGGCACCUCCCAAGCACAAUCACAAACGCUCCUCUCCCGCCUCCAAGCGACGCUCCCGCCCAACCUCGUCGCCUCCGUGCAAGAGAAGCUCCCCGAGUCGCUCAAGCACGCUCGCGCGACGUCCCUCUCCGCGCCCGACUUCGCCGCCCUGCGGAGCACGAUCGCGGGCGAGCUCGCGCGCAUGCAGGGCUCGUCUGAAGAGCUCCUCCAGCGCGUGCAGGGGCAGAGCGGCGAGCUCCUCCAGCGUGUCCAGGCCGGCGAGCUCCUCCAGCGCGGCGAGGGCCUCUUCAAGCAGGUCCAGGGCGGCGGCGAGGAGUUCCUGCGCGAGGCGGGCGAGUUCCUGCGUGAGGCCGUGCGCGUCGUCCCGCCCGAGCCGGGCGAAGGCUCCGCAGGAGUGGUCUGGGACGGUACGGACGUGUGGAUGAUCCCGACGUACUCACCGGCAGCGACGCCGACGGAGGGCGCGGGCAGUGAACGGAGGAAGGGCAAGGAGCGCCGGUCGAUGGAUAGCGUGCGGGCGGCGACGAGGGCGCAGGCGAUGCUCACGCAGCUGCGGCACGACCCGCAGAUUGUGCGUACGGACCCGAGUGCAAACCCAUCGGAGCGGGAGGCGUUCGCGGCGUGGACGGCGAGGGAGAUCGAUGCGACGGGCGGGAUUGACGGGGAGCUGUGGUCGAAGAGGAUCGAGGAUGAGAAGGCCGUGAGGGAGGAACUGGCAACGUUGUUGGAGACACUCGUUCCUUCGGAGUUGGACGUGUCGACGUUCUGGGCACGGUACUUCUUCCGUGUACACCAAGUCGAGCGUGAGGAAGAACGAAGAAGAGCGCUCCUGCAGGGUACGACAGAGAACGAAGAGGACUUCAGCUGGGAAGACGAUGACGACGAAGCUCCCGCCCCGUCCUUAGCCUCCGCACCAACCAAACUCGCAAUACCAUCCGGUUCUGCCCCCGCGUCCGCUGUCCCGCCCACUUCGGCUGCCGCAGCAUCCACACCCACGACAUCCACGCCCGCGACGACUAGCCCCCGGCAGAGUAGCGAGGAGAGCUACGACGUGGUCUCCUCGCAGGUCAGCCGGACAGCGAGCACGCUGGACGUCGCCGAGGGGAAAGAGGAUCCGGUGGUCCCGAAUGAGCAGAGCGCCAAUGCGGCAUCCGCAGAGAAGGAGGAGGAUCAUGACGAAGAGGACAGCGACUGGGAGUGA